AUGUUACAAGAGGAAAAGGGACGAAAAGUGGAUGAUGCUAUUCAUGAACUUCAUGUACUGUAUAUGAAAUAUUUUUCAUUGGAUGAUCCAUGGCAGCCAAUACCGAAUCGUGCAACUGAACGAGUUGAAUUACUUCGACAUAUGGCAGUUGCAAUUGAUGAAAUUUUGAAUGCUGAAGAAAGGCCUAAUUGGCUACAUCCAGCAAUGUUUCAUGGACCAUUAACAUCAGCAAUUUGCUCUUUACCACCAAAUCCUGCUAAUGAUGCAUUAUUAAUGCCACCAACAACUGAUCCACGUGAAGUAUAUUGGUCAAAAUUUAGCAUUUGCAAUCAUUCACGACCUUUAGAGAGAAAACCGUUCAUCGUUUCACUCCAAUAUCAUCCACCAUAUCCAUUAGAUACCUCACAAAAUAAUCUCAACUUAUCAUCAUCUACAUCUCUCAAUAUUGACGAAUUAAUCAUUCCUGUCCGAAAAUGCACCCUACCACGUAUAGGUGCUUUACCGAACAACAAAUUCCGUGACGCGCAGCAAAUUCAAAUUGAAUAUUUUGUGGGUAAAAUUUUACACGUACGCGGUCUACAAUUUAAUCGUACCAAUGAUGAAAAUAAACCAAAAGAAUACCUUUAUCAAUUACCUUCAACCACUCAUCCAAUCUAUGAAUGA